ACAGGCUACAUGACAUUUGAGACUUCUCAGUUGCAAUCAUUAAGCAUAAUUUCUGGAAAUAAAACUGCAGCUAAAAUUAUCGAGUUGCCAGGGGAAAACCGUCACACUCUUGGAGUUAAAAAUACUGCAACAGGCAUUGUUGCUGAAUUGCUGUUUGACAAUAUCACAUCAAAACCAGAAGAAGGAAAUAAUCUCAUCAGGUUCAUAAACAAUUUGCCUGAUACUAUCAACGUCACUAUGGGUGACACUUCUUUUGGAACGUUAAUGUCUCUUUCUGCCAGUAAUUACAACCUCUUUCCAGGAGGAAGAAAAGAUGAUAUUUUAGUUAUUAGAAAUUCAGUCCCUUGUUCAACCACUUCACAGGCACUUGGAUUUGGCAGUGCCUACACAAUUGUAAUUGAUGAGUGUACUAGAGAUGUUCUUAAUGUAACAUAUUCUGAAGAUAUUCCACCCAAUACAGUCCAUAUGGCUUGGCAGAUACCUCAGUAUUUUAUUCUUACAUGUGCAGAAGUAGUCUUCUCUGUCACUGGGCUAGAGUUUUCAUACUCACAGGCCCCAUCUAGUAUGAAGGCAGUGCUGCAGGCAGGAUGGCUGCUAACCGUGGCUGUCGGUAACAUAAUUGUCCUUAUCGUGGCUGGAGCAUCCAAACUCAGUGAGCAGUGGGCAGAAUAUGUGCUGUUUGCUGCCUUGCUGUUGGCAGUUUGCAUCAUUUUUGCUGUCAUGGCUUAUUUUUAUACCUACAUUGAUCCAAACGAGAUUGAAGCCCAACUUGAUGAGGAAGACAAGAAACAAGGCAAAAAGGAUCAAGACAUCUAUGAAAAGCAAGUCGAAGCUGACUCUAAGUU